UUUCCUCUUCACUAUAUGGAGUCAAAGCCAGAUCAUAACUAUACCUCUAAACCCGGCCGCAGACAGUGUAGUGGGUUUGAUCUGCGCGCCUUUCGUUGGGCCCAGACCAUGGUGUUUGCUAUCGAGGAGAUCAACAGGAAGGCCACCCUCCUGCCUGGCGUGACGCUGGGCUACCGGAUAAUGGACAGCUGUGAUAACGUUCACACCGGCCUGACUGGGGGGCUGUCACUAGUCAGCGGAACCCUGGCUCCCCAUCAGAAUGGUGGUAACACUGAAGACUCUCAGUGCACCGGUGGCGACACGGCCCCGGUCUCAGCUGUCAUCGGUUUAGCAUCCUCCACACCCACCCGAGCCCUGGCACACACACUGGGGCCCUUUGGCAUACCAGUGGUCAGCUACUUUGCCACCUGCACAUGUCUGACCGACAAGCGCGUGUACCCUUCCUUCCUGCGCACCGUGCCCAGCGACAUGUUCCAGGUGCAGGGGCUGGUGCAGCUGGUCGGACACUUCGGCUGGCACUGGGUUGGCACGGUGGGCACCGAGGACGACUACAGCCGCUAUGGCAUCCAGGCCUUCUCGGAGCAGCUGCGGGAGUGGGGUGGCUGCCUGGCCUUCCACCAGACGAUCCCGAAAGCGGCGACGACGGCCAAAAUCAGGGCCAUCGCCGACGUGCUCGAGGCCACCACCGCCCGAGUCGUCAUAGCGUUUGCCACAGAAGGACAGUUGCUUGACCUUCUCACCGAGGUCGCCCGGCGCAACCUGACCAGGCUGCAGUGGGUGGCCAGCGAGGCCUGGGUGACAGCCAGUCUACUAACCCUGCCUGAGUUUCAGCCUGUGCUCGCGGGCACCCUAGGCUUCUCCUUUCGAGGCACCGCGAUACCGGGUCUGUCGGACUUCCUCUUGAGGGUGCGUCCCUCCCCGGGACCGCAGUCUGCUUUCGCCAACAUGUUCUGGGAGGAGUUGUUUGGGUGCAAGCUGGCGUUUGGUGGGUCUCACAGUAGUAGCAGUGCCUUUAACACCGAAACCCCACAGUGUAGCGGUGAUGAGGAUCUGACCGCACGCAAAACCAGCUACAGUGACGUGUCGCAAGUCAGAAUAUCUUACAAUGUGUACAAAGCUGUGUAUGCGAUCGCUCAUGCCCUGCAUGACAUGCUGCAGUGUGGUGCUCUGUGGGGAAAUGCCUCACGUCUUGGCUGUAAAAGAGACACAGAGUUUACACCAAGGCAGCUCCUGACCCACUUAAAGACUGUGAACUUCAUCAAUCAAUUUGGUGAGGAAGUGUCCUUUGACUCUAACGGGGAGCCUGUGCCCCUGUAUGACAUCAUCAAUUGGCAGAGAGACCAGCAGGGGGACAUGGUGUUCCAGAAGGUGGGGAGCUACGACGGCUCAGCAGCUCAUGGCAAACGCCUAUGGAUAGAUGAGGACGCCAUCGUGUGGACAGGGGGAAAUGAUCAGGCUCCCGUGUCGGUCUGCAGCCAGGCGUGUCCUCCUGGCAGUAGGAAAGCCGCACGCCCAGGAGAGGCCGUGUGCUGCUUUGACUGUCUGCCCUGUGCAGAGGGGCAGAUCAGCAACACCACAGGAGCCACAGAAUGUCUGCCUUGCCCUCUCUACUACUGGUCUGACAGAGACAGAGUGGCCUGUGUGGCAGGCGUGGAGGAGUUCCUCUCCUUCCAGGAGACCCUGGGCAUCAUCCUAGUCGCUCUCUCUCUGCUCGGGGUCUCCACGGCCGCCGUCGUGACCGUGAUCUUCCUUUGUCACAAGACCACGCCCAUCGUGAGAGCGAACAACUCGGAGAUCAGCUUCUUGCUGCUGCUGUCCCUCAAGCUGUGCUUCCUCUGCUCCCUGGUGUUCAUGGGACGGCCCUCCCCGUGGUCCUGUCGCGCCCGCCAGGCGGCCUUCGGGAUCAGCUUCGUGCUGUCCAUCUCCUGCAUCCUGGUCAAGACCAUCGUGGUGCUGCUGGCCUUUCGCUCCGCCCUGCCGGGGUCCCGCGCGGUGCAGCUGUUUGGGCCUGCCCAGCAAAGGGUCUUCAUCUUCUGCUGUGCUGCCGUGCAGGUGGUGCUGUGCGCCGGGUGGUUGGCCGUGUCGCCUCCGGAGCCCACGAAGAACACCUCGUACAAGGGAGGGAGGAUUCUGCUGGAGUGUAAAGGCGCCUGGCCUCAGGGUUUCUACCUCGUUCUCGGGUACGUCGGGCUGUUGUCGUGCGUCUGCUUUGUGCUGGCGUUCAUGGGCCGCAAACUGCCAGACACUUUCAACGAGGCCAAACUGAUCACCUUCAGCAUGCUGAUCUUCUUUGCGGUGUGGAUCUCGUUCAUCCCCGCACACAACAGCUCCCCGGGGAAGUACACCGUGGCGGUGGAGGUCUUUGCUAUUCUCGCCUCCAGCUUUGGACUACUGUUUUGCAUCUUUGCACCCAAAUGUUACAUUAUUCUUUUCAAACCAGAACAAAACACCAAGAAAGGCAUGACAAGAAAAUAG